CUCGUAAACGAAAGCGAAAGCGACGCUGGCUCUGCAAUAAAGUGGGGCCGGCCCGGCGCCCGCCGGAGGAGACGCGGAGGGGGACAGGGGACCUGCUGCUCCCAAGGCCAAGUCCGAGCCCACCUGCGGAGCCCCGGCAGCUGCACCUGGGGAGACCCCGCGCCCCCCGCCGUCCUCCCGCGGCCGCGGAGGGGCCCCGGGGCGCCGGGCACUGCCAGCGCGGCCAUGGAAGAGGGGGACCGGGACGAGAGGUUCCUCUACAUGAUCUCCUGCUUCAGGCCGCGGCUGAAGCAGUUCAUCCAGGUGCAGCCCGUGCUGGACCAGCUCCCCUCGCUGAGCGCGGAGGAGAGGGAGAAGGUGCGGGCGGCCCUCCUGCAGGGGGGCGCUGUGGCGGGGGCCGAGGAGCUGCUGCGGGCCGUGGAGCGGGGGCCCCGCGGCUGCGGCUGGUUCCACGAGUUUCUGCAGGCACUGGAGCAGGGCGGCUGUAGCCUGGCCGCCUGCUACGCCAACCCCAGCCUCAGCCAGCUGCCCUCGCCGGCCGAAGAGGCCGACCACGACCUCUGCGUGCACCUGGUGCAGCUGCUCUACAGCACGCUGGUGGACAGGAUGCGGGCCGUGCAGGUGGCCGAGAAGUGCCUGGAAAUGGGCAUCUUCAAGGAGGAGGACCUGGAGCGGAUCCAGACUGUUACUGACAAUCGUGGGAACAGAGAGGGUGCAAGGGAGCUUCUAAGCAGAAUAAUGCAGAAGAAAGAUUGGUUCUCUCCUUUUUUGUUUGCUCUCCGUGAAACCCAACAUGGAGACCUGGCAGAUGAUUUAAGUGGAAAUACAGGAGGAACAGAGAAUAGACAAAAUGAGAUGAAGAACAGUACAAAUGAAGAAACAGAAAUUACAAGCCAACCAGGAUAUGCCACAGUGGAGGAUUUGAAACAGCAAGAAAAUGUGAAUGAUAGUUUCAUCAGUGAGAACAGUGUAUUGGAAACAUCCAUGGGAGAGAAUUCUGUAGAUUCAGAGUCAGAUGUCUCCACAGGAGAUGGAAGUGUCCGUAACUUCAGUGAAAACCUGGGCCAGAGCUGCACGACCAGCAAUUCAGAUGAAGAUGAAGAGGAGAGGAGAGCUUCACCUGAGCCAGAUCUGACCCUGAGAGAUUACCAGAUGGAAGUUGCAAAGCCAGCACUAAAUGGGGAGAAUAUUAUAAUAUGUCUCCCUACAGGCACUGGUAAAACCAGAGUGGCUGUUUACAUUACCAAAGAUCACUUGGAUAAGAAGAAAAGAGCAUCAGAGCCUGGAAAAGUCAUAGUACUUGUUAAUAAGGUACCACUGGUACAACAGCAUUUAGAAUCAGAGUUUCAUCCAUUCCUGAAGCGUUGGUAUCAGGUUAUUGGUUUAAGUGGUGAUUGUCAACUGAAAAUCUCAUUUCCUGAAGUUGUCAGAAGAAAUGAUGUCAUCAUCAGUACAGCACAAAUCCUUGAGAAUUCACUGAUAAAUGCAGACAAAGAAGAUGAAGAAGGUGUCCACUUAUCAGAUUUUUCCCUUAUCAUUAUUGAUGAGUGUCAUCACACGCAGAAGGAAGGUGUCUACAACAAUAUAAUGCGACGUUACUUAAAAGAAAAGAUGAAGAACAGGAAGCUGGCAAAAGAAAACAAACCACUGAUCCCACAGCCUCAGAUUCUGGGACUUACAGCCUCACCUGGUGUAGGAGGCGCAAAAUCCUACUCAAAAGCUGAAGACCAUAUUCUGAAAAUCUGUGCCAAUCUUGAUGCAUGUAGAAUUAUGACUGUUGAAGAGCAUGAGGACCAGUUAAAGAAUCAGGUGAAGGAGCCGUCCAAGAAGACUGUGGUUGCAAAUGACAAAAAAAGGGAUCCAUUUAGAGAGAAAAUUACUGAGAUCAUGACAGAAAUACAAAACUAUUGCCAGCUCCAUCCAAAAUCCGAGUUUGGAACUCAGACAUAUGAACAGUGGGUGAUCAAAGAAGAGAGAAGAGCUGCAAAAGAACAAAAACGCAAGGAACGUGUCUGUGCAGAACACUUGAAGAAAUACAAUGAUGCUCUCCUGAUAAAUGACAGUAUCCGAAUGGUGGAUGCAUACAAUCACCUAAAUAACUUUUAUAAGGAGGAGAAAAGUAAGAAGACAGUAAGGAGUGAUAGUGAUGAUGAUGAUGAUGAACCAGCUGUAUCAAAACAGGAUGAAACAGAUGAAUUUCUAAUAGGUUUAUUUCAUGCAAAAAAGAAGUGGCUGAAAAAGUUGGCUGGAAAGCCAGAACAUGAAAAUGAGAAUCUAAUACUGUUGCGAAAUACUUUAAUGGAGGAGUUCACGAAGACUGAGGAACCUAGAGGAAUUAUUUUCACAAAGACUCGUCAAAGUGCCUUUGCUCUAUUCCAGUGGAUUCAAGACAACCCAAAAUUUAAAGAAGUGGGAAUUAAGGCCCAUUAUCUUAUCGGCUCUGGACAUAACAGUGAAAUGAAACCCAUGACUCAGAAUGAGCAAAGGGAAGUUAUUGAUAAAUUCCGAUGUGGAAAUUUAAAUUUACUUAUUGCUACUACUGUAGCUGAGGAAGGCUUGGACAUCAAAGAGUGUAACAUCGUUAUUCGCUAUGGCCUUGUCACCAAUGAAAUUGCUAUGGUGCAGGCUCGUGGUCGAGCUCGAGCUGAUGAGAGCACCUAUGCUCUUGUGGCUCCGAGUGGCUCAGGAGCUGUUGAACGUGAAGAUGUUAAUAUUUUCCGUGAGAAAAUGAUGUAUAAGGCCAUUCAGCGUGUCCAGAAGAUGCCACAGGAAGAGUAUUUAAAUAAGAUUCAGAAUUUCCAGUUGCAAAGUAUAGUGGAAAAACAAAUGAAGGCAAAGAAAGAUCAGCGCAAGACAUACAAGAAAAAUCCUUCACUAAUAACAUUCUUAUGCAAAAAUUGCCACAAAACGAUAUGUUCUGGAGAAGACAUACAAGUUAUUGAGAACAUGCAUCAUGUCAGUGUGAAAAAAGAUUUCCAAAGCCUUUAUCAUACAAGAGAAAAUAAGACACUGCAAGACAAGAAUGCCGAUUACCAGACAAAUGGGGAAAUCAUAUGUAAAGAUUGUGGACAAGCUUGGGGAAAUAUGAUGGUUCACCGAAGCCUUGACCUACCUUGUCUGAAGAUUAGAAAUUUUGUGGUUGUGUUUGCAGACAAGAAAACAACAAAGCAAAUUUUUAAGAAAUGGGGAGAACUGCCCAUCAGGUUUCCUAGUUUUGAUUAUGCAGCUCAUUGUCCUUCAAGUGAUGAAGAUUAAGGCCUUAGAAUGAAAAUAAAAGCCCUUUUCAACUUUCUCUGUUCAUUUGAAGUUCCUGUGUCCUACAGGGAGUGCUGCAUUAUAAACAGUGUGAGAGCUCCUGGGCAUGAGGAAACUGUCUUUAAGGGGAAAAGAAAAACAAGGAAAGAGAAGGACAAAGUCACACAGCUACAGUCUGCACUCAGAUUUGCACUGGUACUCCUGGAUAAAGAUGAACAAAUGAAUUGAAGUCGUGUAUCCAUGGAACAAACUCCUGUCUCUUCAUUACAGAGUGACAGUACUUCAAAAGUGUGUUAGAUGACCUGUUGUCAAUCCCAGAACACUGAAGAGACAACUUGAGAUGUGCCAUGGUGAUUAUUUUAUGGUUUUCUUCCUUUUGAAGAUAAAGUAUCUCAAAAGAGGAGCCAUGUAAAGGGAACAGAUUACCCAAGGGUUACUUCUGAAUCGCUGUUACUUUGUCAGUGUUUUCCUGACUGAAUUCUUCCCCUCAUAUACUUAGCUGUAAGCUCACCCAUUUUGACAGACUGAAAUUAAGUUUCCUUUAGAAAACGUUUCAAAAAAUCAAGCCCUUAACCUGAAAUUGAUCAAUUUAAUGUCCGAAAAGCACAUUGGCGAAGUGACUUUCUGUGUGUUAUUUCAUAGGAUUGUUAGACUGGCUACAUAAUGGUGUAUGGGGUUUUUUUCAAUAAAUUACUAUAAUUACCUUUGCCAACGCUCAUACUGUUUUUUCUCAUCCACUGGAAGUAUUUUGACAAUACUAAUACCAUGGUUUCACCCUAGAAAUUUAAAGUGUAGUGCUAUUCUAACUGCAAAAAUAGCAUAAUCUGCCUUCGUAGUUAUCUCAUGGACAGAUUCCCCAGCCUACUCCUCCACAUUUGUAAGUAUGAUAUUGAACAAUGGAAGGAAGAUUUGUUGUUACAACAGUCAGCUUUGCAAAUUCAGGAUAAAGUGGUACGUAUACUGGCAAGGACAUGUAAAGACUUCAGUAGCCCCAGGUAAAAUUUGUAAGUUAGAACAUAGUUGAAAAGUAUAUCCCAACCAAAAAAAGAAUCUUAUUAUGUCUAGAUCUGUAAUUGCUCUGCAUUUUUAAAAGUGAUAUAAAUACUGUACAGUUUUUAAAAUCAGAUUUGAUUUCAGGUUUGCAUCAGAACCAGAUUUGGGGUGGGUUUGUGGGGUUUUUUUCAUAUUUCUGGCCUUGCUUCAGGUGGGGGGAGAAAAAGCCAAAUUUCUGACUGAAGAGAAGUACAUUUCAGACAUCACCAAGCUAAUUCAGGCCACAUUGGGAUUAACUACUUACUUAUAAACAAAUCAUAGCAUUAUGAAAUAAAUAUACACACUGAUGAGUUUUCAUUAUAGCGGUUUUGCAGAUGAGAAUGUGCUUAAACUAUAGAAAUUGUGGUCUGUGUAUAAAUUGAAAUUAUUCCAUAACAGUGAUUUAUACCCAUAAACUACUACCUUACAACUGUAAAAAAAACUAGAAGUAUUGAGAGUUGAGAUUAUAUAUGCAAAGAUGUUUCAAGACACAGCAAUUCCACAGGUAUUUUUGAAUGAUACAACUAAAACAGGAAACACCACUGGGAGAUGGGGAGUAUAAACAAUUUGUAGUGUAUGUGUUUUACAUUUGGGUGUUGAGUCAUAUAAUUCUAUUUGUACCAUUUGUGCAGAGUAGAAUAAAUAUGAAAUCUUCACCAACUUCAUUAUUCAACAUAUUAACUGAUAAAUCAACAUUUAUCAGUUAAAAAAAUUCUCCUCAUGUAAUUAUUAUUCUUAGAAAAUCUUAUUAUCUUUCUUGUAUAGAAGUAUCUUGCUUAAUACUGAACCUUUGGCUACUUUUAGAAUAUGCCAAUUUAACAUUAAGUGCAGGACAAAUUUUACACUUUUUAUAUGUUGGUCUGAGAAUGUGACUAUCUAAAAAUGUGGGAAAUUGAUAGAUUACACAGGACUGUAAUUUAAGAGGUAUUUUCUUCAUGUGCUCAGAAUCUGAUGAGAUGCUAUGAAAUAUACUAAAUUAAUUAUUAGAAUAAUCUGUCUUGGGAAAUAAUCAUCAUCCAGAUCAUCUCUUGAUUUCUAUAUUAACAAGUUGUUACAGUUACAUAAAUGUAACAUGUAACAUGUACACUGUACAUAGCAUUUUCAAGUGUCUGAAUUAAUUUAUUUAGUACUUUUAAAGAAGUGUAAAACCCUGGUAAAAAGAUGAUAUAAUUACAUAGAUUGGUGCUGGGUCUUCGAUCAAAUAAAUUUCCGUGCCAAGUAGAUUUUCUGCAGUCUGAGCUUUUAAUGCUUCCCUGUACUGAAGCAACAAGAGUAUAUGAAGAUGAAUUUCUGCAUAUAUGCUACAGAUCUGUAUGACAAACAUGCCUGGGCUACUUGUAGUUCACCUGCAUGCUGCUGUUAUACUUCCAGUUCCUGGCGUAACUCGGCUACAUUGUCACCAAAGCUUAAAGAGUGUUUGCACAAUCUCACUUCAGCAUAACCUCUAAUGAACCUCAAAUCCUGCUGGUGUGUAGGAUGAGGAAGUUCCAGUCAAGUUAUUGUCUCUGAGUGGGGUUGUAAAACACACCUAUAUUGUUCAUCCAGGAAGUGUGAAGUUGUAAAAAACAAGCUAAAUUGCUAUAUUUUAUCUGCUAGUUACCUCUGCAUUUAUUGCCUUUAUGGACCCAAAGUCCUCCAGACAGUGUGACAAAUCAUGAUUGUAUUUUCUACUUACAGCCUUUAUUUGUUCUUAAAUGUGGAAAGAAGAAAAACUUAGUCACUGUGAAUUCAUCUGGCUAUGUGUGUGGCUACUUAGGCACUGGUUCCACUUCAGUUGUAUUUUGCUUAUUUUUCCUAAUUUUGGUCUCAUGUAAUGCACAACCUACAUCUGUAAAUCUCAUUUCCUCACUUGUGAAAUGUAAAUACUUUAGUAACCUUA